CCUAGAAAUUGGGAUUAAGAAUUGCAGGUGAGGCUGCAGAGUACAGAGCAGUGAAUGAAAAUGGCUUCCAAUUCCAAAAAAUGGAGUUAUUUUUUUCAAUUACUGCUUCUCUCUCUCGCACUUUUCUUGCAGAUAGUAUCUCAUAAAAUUGAAGCUGGUGGUUCAAAAGUUGAGUACCUUCCUGGUUUUGAUGGUCCUCUCCCCUUUCAACUUGAAACUGGGUAUGUGGGAUUGGGAGAUUCAGAAGAUGACAUGCAAGUUUUCUACUAUUUUGUUAAGUCAGAAAAUGAUCCUAAAAAUGACCCUCUUUUGCUUUGGUUAACUGGUGGACCUGGCUGUUCUUCAAUUUCAGGCUUUGUCUUCCAAAUAGGUCCAGUGCAAUUUAAAGUUGAGGAAUUUGAUGGGAGCUUGCCUAAGCUAAUCUACAGGGCAUCGUCAUGGACAAAGGUAGCUAAUGUUAUCUUUGUAGAUUUACCGAUGGGAACAGGGUUCUCUUACGCAAAAGAUGUCCUUUCUCAACGAAGUGAUUGGAAACUUGUUCAUCAUGCCCACCAAUUUAUUAGAAAGUGGCUCACUGAGAAUCCAGAAUAUAUUUCCAAUGAAUUUUACAUGGCGAAAUGAGAAAGGUCUUCAACCCCACAUAAAUCUCCAGGGAUACAUACUAGGAAACCCCGUAACGACAAGGGAAGAAGGAAAUGAUCAUAUCCAAUAUGCUCAUGGAAUGGCACUUAUUUCUGAUGAACUCUAUUUGUCAUUGAAGAGAAAUUGUAAAGGAGAUUAUCUAAAUAUAAAUCCCGAAAAUACAUUGUGUUUAAGCGACAUGGAGUAUUACAAUAAGUGCCUUGAAAAAAUUGACCUCUAUUUCAUUUUGAAUCCAUAUUGCAACGAUGAUUGGCUUAAGCAAGACCAAGGGAUGCAAACGAGAUCUUUGGCUAGAAAGCUUGAGGCCCGUUUCGAAACUCCUCUCAUAGUGCCAGAUAUAGGCUGUGAGAAUUUUCUUUUCUUUCUGGUCACUCAAUGGGCCAACCACAGAAGCGUACGCAAGGCACUACACAUUCGAGAGGGUACUAUAGGGGAAUGGGUGCGUUGUUAUAAAGAUGAUUAUGAAUUCAGCAUCGGUAACAGUGUUCCCUUCCAUGCAAAUCUCAGUGCAAAAGGCUACCGUUCUUUAAUUUUCAGUGGAGAUCAUGAUGCAGUGGUUCCUUUUUUCUCAACUCAAGCAUGGAUAAGGUCUCUAAACUAUUCCAUUGUAGAUGAUUGGAGGCCAUGGUAUUUAAAUGACCAAGUUGCAGGAUACACCAGGACUUACUCAAAUAAAAUGACAUUUGCAACUGUAAAGGGUGCAGGACAUACAGCUGCUGAAUUGAAGCCUAAUGAAAGUUAUGUCAUGUUCACUAGAUGGAUAUCUAAUAGGCCUUUGUAACUAAGCAGCUAACAUAUUUUCAUCUUCUCAUUGUGUAACACCCUAAUUUUCAGCACGUUACGAUCGUACUAAAAGUGAGGCGUUACUGACCUGUUUUCUGUAUUUACCAUUUAA